AUGGCAGCAGCUGCAGUCGCACGAAUCACUUACUUGACUUCGGAUGUCAUUGUAGAGGCCCGUUCUUCAUCACAUUCUCUAUUUGCAGAGACAUAUGCGACAGUGGCAAAAUCGUCGCACCACGAGCCGACCAUCGUGCAACUACCUAUAGGAGCAGAUGUCGGUGCUGCUCUCGUCCGCAAUUCAGGCGCUAGCAUUAUCUCACUCACAGCUCCAUCAAGCUCGCAACUAGUCUCCCGCCUCGUGUUACAUCUCCCCGAAAUUUCCGCACGACCGACUGUCCUUAACAUUGCAGUCACCGAUGACCUCUCAGAUGUCCUGCUACUUCGCUCCGCGGCCCCGUUCUUCCUGGUAUCAACUACUGGGCAGCAAGCGCAUGACAACGCUCUGCUUGCAGCUCGCUUAGCACGAGCAGAGCAUAAAGCUGUUAUCCACGUCUUCUACGCCCGACGGUCCGACGAACCCGUAAUUGAGAUCCCAACGGACGAAGUGUUGCCAUUUCUCAUGGACGGCAAGCGCGGGGCUCCUAGCCAUGUGUCUAACGGGCUUGCAACUGUACCGGCUAAUGGUGGAAUCAUCGAACGAGCCGCCACCAUCUACACACCGGAAACUAGCAGCGGCGAAACAUCCCCAGAGCACGCCAUCACUGACGAUCUAGCCCUGCUCGAAAAUUUCAAAUCCUACGAGUCUGCGUCCCUCGCCACUCACCAACUCACCCACAGAAUAGCUCUGCCAUUCACGACCCACAGCUCACCCGAUGCCCAUACGGUCAUUUUCACGGUUGGAAAAGUCGACUCCCCAUUGGACGUGGAAGGGGUCACGUUUGUUCAAGUCUCACUUAUAAGUCCAUUACUUCCCAGCCGUAUCCUAGCCUCCAUCCCCUCGACCGCCAAAACAGUCAUUGUUCUGGAACAUGUAUGGCAUUGGUCAAUGAAAUGGCCGCCACUUUAUCUGGAGGUCGCCAGUAGUUUGCAGCAGUUACAGCGUGAACAUCGUCCUACUGUUUACUCCGGGAUCCUUGGGGAUACUUCCGAUGUUUCGCGCAUCGAUAUACUGAAGUUAGUUCAGCAAAUCCCUACCGAUUCCUCACUUGUGUUGGGUAGCCCUCCUGCUUCCCCUUCAGCAACGAUCCCGCGCGUCCCGACACACGAGCUGUCCUACACCAAAGUCCUCACCCAUGUCUUUGCAGACCGACUAGAAAUUUCGAACUCGCCUUCUCUCGUAGAAUCGCAUGGUGACCUCGCCACUACCCCUGAAUUCGCCCUUGGUCGCAUUCGUGCUCAGGUGCAGCAGCGCGAAGAACUUGUGGAGUCCAUCCAGGAGCUUUUGCAAGACAACGCCUUCGAUACCGAUCUGCAUGCUCUCCUAAGUAAAUGGGUUCUCGCUAAAGACGACCAAGCGAAGAGCCGAACUUUGGGGGCUCAGCUUGUUGAAAAGCUAUCGUCUUCGAAAGGCAAACACCCGGCUGUUGACCGUAUCCUCGCUCUUCAGUCCCUACUUCCCGCUACGUCAAAAUGGAUCAUCGGUUCAGAUGCCUGGUCCUACGACAUCGGCGCGUCUGGCUUGCACCAUGUUAUCGCGUCUGGGCUUAAUAUCAAUAUCCUCAUUCUCGACACCCUCCCAUACUCUGCUCGCAACACCGUCGACCCCAAUCGCCGUAAGCAUGACGUUGGGUUGUACGCUAUGAACCACGGCGACGUCUAUGUUGCUAGCGUUGCCGUCUAUUCCUCGUAUUCCCAUGUUCUGCAAGCCAUAACGGAGGCUGACCGCUUCAAUGGUCCUAGCGUUGUCCUAGCGUACCUCCCAUAUCAAAGUGAAUCCACACCAGCGCUUGAUAUCCUCAAGGAGACAAAGCUCGCGGUCGAUGCCGGUUACUGGCCUCUGUACCGAUGGAAUCCUAGCAAGGAGGCGGAGGGGAAGGAACCCUUCUCUCUCGAUUCUGCCGCCAUUAAGAAUGAACUACAGCAAUUCCUUGACAGGCAAAAUCACCUCUCGCAGCUUGUUCGAUCCAAGCCACAAAUUGCGUCGGAGUUGGUUAGUAGUUUGGGAGAGAACGUGAAGGAGGCGAGGAGGAAACACGCACAGAAACUGUUUGACGACAUGCUCACUGCUCUUGACGCCCCUCCUCUACUCAUUCUGUACGCAUCCGACGGUGGCACGGCGGAGAAGAAGGCAAAGCGACUGGCAAGACGCGCUACUGCACGAGGCCUGUCUACUACCAUUAAUACAGUGGAUUCAGUAUCCCUUGAUGGACUAUCCAAGGAAGAGCACGUCGUCUUUGUCGUUUCGACGGCUGGUCAAGGAGAACCUACACAGAAUGCUCGUACAUUCUUCAAGGCACUCAACGCUGCUGUAGCUCGAGGGGAGCAAAUCUUGACAAAGCUUCGCUACUCAGUGUUUGGCAUGGGAGAUAGCCACUACUGGCCGCGCCCGGAAGAUUCACAUUACUACAACAAACCGGGAAAGGAUUUGGACGCUCGCCUAGAGAAGCUUGGGGCGCAGCGCCUUGCUGACCUUGGACUAGGUGAUGAUCAGGAUGCAGACGGCCCAGAGACGGGAUACAAGGAGUGGGAGCCUCGCAUUUGGAAAGCUCUAGGCGUUGACUCCAUUGAAGUAACUGAAAUCGAGCCCGACCCGAUUACGAACGAGCAUAUCAAAGCAGCUUCGGGUUACCUACGUGGUACAAUCGCUGAAGGUCUCCAGGACGCCACUACCGGUGCAUUGGCGGCUAGCGACACGCAACUUACCAAGUUCCACGGUAUUUACCAACAGGACGAUCGUGACAUUCGCGACGAGCGCCAGGCACAAGGUGUUGAGCCUGCUUACUCGUUCAUGAUUCGCGUGCGGAUGCCCGGUGGGGUUUGUCUACCUAAUCAAUGGCUCCAAAUGGAUCAGAUUGCGGAUGAGCAUGGAUCGGGAACGUUCAAGAUCACGACGCGACAGACUUUCCAGUUCCACGGCGUCAUCAAAAGACAUCUGAAACCUGCCAUCCAGGAUAUCAAUCGCGUCCUCCUUGAUACUUUAGCUGCGUGUGGUGAUGUCAAUCGUAAUGUUGUCUGCUCAUCGAUCCCGAGUUUUUCGAAGCUCCAUACCCAGGUAUAUGAGUUCUCAAAGGGAAUAAGUGCUCAUCUCGUUCCGCGUACUACGGCAUACCAUGAAAUAUGGCUGGACAAGAAGCUGGUCGCAGGAGAGGCCCUUAAGGACGUCGAACCUCUCUAUGGGGAGUUCUAUCUUCCGAGGAAGUUCAAAGUUGCCGUCGCCGUACCUCCCACCAAUGAUGUCGAUGUAUUUGCGAACGAUUUGGGCUUCAUUGCCAUUGUCGACGGGAGUGGCGAACUGGCAGGCUUUAACGUUACAGUUGGAGGUGGCAUGGGUGUCACUCAUGGUAACAAGAAGACCUACCCUCGCCUUGGAGAUAUCAUUGGUUUCUGCACUUACGAGCAGGGCAAGAAAGUCGCCGAGGCCGUGAUGCUCACCCAGCGCGAUAAUGGCAACCGUGCGGAGUACAAUGCCCGGUUGAAGUACACCAUUGACCGCAUGGGCCUAGACGUGUUCAAGGCAGAAGUGGAGAAACGGCUAGGGUACCCCCUAGCCCCUCCGCGACCAUACACCUUUGACCGCAAUGUCGACGACUUUGGCUGGUCCAGGGGUGAAGACGGCAGGCACCACUUUACCAUGUUCAUUGAAAACGGACGCAUACAAGAUGAGCCUGGCCGUGAUUUCAAGACAGGCCUUCGUGAAGUCGCCAAGGUCCUCAGAGGCUCCUUCCGCCUGACGACCAACCAACACCUUCUGAUCUCGGACAUCCCUACUGAAGAUGUUCCUGCUAUCAAAGAGAUCCUCGCCAAGUACAAGAUGGACAAUCUAUCACAGACAGGGCUGCGCCUUUCGUCAUCUGCCUGCGUUGCAUUCCCUACUUGUGGUUUGGCUAUGGCAGAGUCAGAGCGGUACCUGCCCAUACUUGUUGACAAGUUGGAGAAGAUAUGUGAAGAGAACGGCCUACGCAAUGACUCUAUCAUCAUGCGUAUGACCGGUUGUCCCAAUGGUUGCGCGCGCCCUUAUGUUGCAGAAAUUGCUUUCAUCGGUAAAGCACCUGGUACUUACUCGAUGCUGCUUGGUGGUGGUUAUUACGGCCAGAGGUUGAAUAAGAUUUACCGAGAAUCCGUGACCGAACCCGAAAUCCUUGCCAUCCUCAAGCCCAUGAUCAAGCGGUAUGCCCUAGAACGACACGAGAACGAGAAAUUCGGCGACUGGACAAUCCGAGCUGGCUAUAUCUCGGCAACGACGUCAGGAAUAGAGUGGUACGAAGGAAUGGGCGGUGAAGGUCAAUAUAGGGAAGUUGUAGCAUAA